CCUGCGAUUGGCCCAUGGCGGGGCCGCGGCAGCGCGCGCGCCGGUACCGUUUCCAGGAGGGUCCGGCGGCGCUGGCCGUGCGCGUGCCCGAGGUGCUGGACUCGCAGUACGGCAUGUACGUAUGGCCCUGCGCUGUGGUCCUGGCCCAAUACCUGUGGGCGCACAGGCGGAGCCUGCCUGGCAAGCGAGUGCUGGAGAUCGGUGCCGGUGUGAGUCUCCCCGGCGUGGUGGCCGCCAGGUGCGGUGCCCAGGUGAUCCUGUCGGACAGCGAGGAGCUGCCCCAGUGCCUGCAGAGCUGCCGCAGCAGCUGCCUCAUGAACCGCCUGCCCCACGUGCCCGUCCUCGGCCUCACCUGGGGCCGCGUGUCACCAGAGCUGCUCGCUCUUGCACCCAUAGACAUUAUUUUAGGCUCAGAUGUCUUUUUUGACCCCAAAGACUUCGAAGAUAUUUUAACUACAAUUUACUUCUUGUUGGAGAAGAACCCACAGGCUCAAUUCUGGACAACUUACCAAGUCCGAAGUGCUGACUGGUCUAUCGAGGCUCUGCUCUGCAAAUGGAAGCUGAAGAGCAUCCACGUUCCCUUGCAUUCCUUUGGUGCAGACAAAGAGCACUUGGCCAGCUCCUCCAUGCCAGGAAGACACACAAUCGAAAUGAUGAUCAUCUCACUAGCACAGUCAGAGGGCACUUCAGUUUAUUCCACUUUAGAUUCCAGUACAAGGUGAUACUCAGCUGUUCACUGCAGCACAGAGCUGCAGACAACAGUCCUGGUUUACAGCAAACCUCAUGGAUAUUUUUGGGAAGCAGCAAUUCUUAAAACAUGCAUUGUAAAAAUAAAGCUUUUUGGUUUUUCA